AUGGCACCCAUCAACAAUUCUGCCAAAGCUCUUCAGCAAAAUCGACCACGGCCCGCCGUUCCAAAGGCAAUUGUACCUGCCAUCCCACUGACAUAUGUGCAAAAGAGACAAAAGCAACAAGCAGCUCGAGCUAAGAUUGAGCGGGAGGAAGCGCCGCCGGCUUCACCAAUUGUCGCGGAGUCACCCGCACCUACAUCACCUAUCUCUGAGACGGUGGUUGUGAACGGGUCAUCAACUUUGGAAAAAGACGAACCCACCCAGGCAGAACAGACCGAAGAGAACGAGUCGGAACCAGAGGCACAAGCUGAAGCAGUGCCAGAGCCAGAACCAGAAGUAGAGGCACAGCCGGAGCUAGACACAUCUGUUGAGUCUGCUGGCUCUGUCGCAGAAGAAGUUGUAGAAUCCACCGACACCCCAGCGGUCGAUGAAGAGCCUCCAGCAGAUACCCAGGAAACCCCACGAUCUGCUCCCUCUGAAGCUCUGUCAUCUACCUCUCGAUCUACAUACCAACUACCACCGCCGUUUGUUCCAUCCACGAAUUCGCAGUACCCAAACAUGGGCCCCGAGGCACAUAAUCUUCCUCAUCCGCCUACUUUCAAUGGUCCUCAUCAUCCAAUGCAUCAUGCGCACCCGAGUGCUGGAAGUCUGAGGUUUGGAGGAUAUCCAGAAUCGAACAAUUCGUCGCCAGCACCUCCACCAUCAGCGGGCAACCUUCCGCCUUACCCAUUUCCCCAACACGCACAUCACAAUGUUGGUCGCCAUGGUCCGCACCAGUCCAAUGGAGGCAUGUCCAAUGGAUACUCUCCGAUGGGCCCUCCACCGCCACCAGGAUAUCAUUACCCUCGUCCAGAUGGUAUGAUGAACCAUGGCCCUAGCGCCGAUAACUAUGCUCGCCGUCAAAUGGGUCAUUUUGCCCCUCCUGAAGGAUAUUCCCCCUCGGCGACUCCAAUGGGCCCUGAAAAUUAUCGAUAUCCACCUUUUGACCCUUCGACACCACAUAGCUUUCACGGCUCCCAGUCUUCUGCGCCCAACGAGCACGACAAUGGCUCGGCUUUCUACCACCAAUACAGCAACUCGACUGCCGUUGUUAACGGCUCCAAUGGCCACAUCAAUGAAGUUCAGGUGUUUCAACAGCCUCGCCAUAAGUCUCGUCAUGCACCUCAAGCCGGCCCUCCUAUUUCAAGCGGAUUUCACCCAGCACACAUGGCUCCUCCGCCUCCUAUGCCAGAGGAACGCUAUGAUGGUCUGGUACAAUAUUUACAGAACCAGUUUGCUGAUCCCGCGUUUGCCGAUUAUACACUUGAGCUUCGAUAUUCGGACGACCGUGCGCCUGCAGUACGUAUUCCUGGCCACAACAUCAUAUUCGCACGCAGCCCUACCCUAAAGUCUCUUAUGGUAUCCCAACAAAAAGAGGCCAAUGGUGAUGCCAUAUCUGCCAAAACACUCUUCAUAGAGUCUGACGAUCGCUUCCUCCGAUCAGAUGCAUUCUGGUUGGCUAUGCAGCGACUAUAUGGCGGACCUCUUCUGGAUCUUAAUCAUAUCUCUGCUCUCAAUGGAGCGCCUAGUACCCAAACCAAUUCGCCGGCGUUAGAGACCUUUUCAGACAGAUUUGAUCUUGCCUUGGGUUACGCUGCUGCUGGUCAUAUCCUUCAAAUUCCACCAGCAGUCAAUCGCGGCAUUGAGAUCGCUGCGCAAUCUAUCUGUUGGAACACUCUUGAGAGGGCUUUCGAUUUCGCUCUCGAUGGUGGUCUCGACUGUUCCUGGACUCUCCAACCUGCAGCUGAGCAAGGUCGCUCCCCUAGUACAUAUGGCCCGACAGUUAAUCUACUUCUCCAGUCCGCACUGAACUGGACCAUCACAAACUUUCCUCCAACUUUUGAGCUGGAUAAGUCCGUUGGAGACUUUACCCAUAAUCGCCGCUUGCCUGAAGUUCCACCUGACGAUCGACCAAAGACCCACAACCCUCGCCUUAGCAGUAUCAAAUUCGGUGACCACGCAUCGGAUGAGAGUCCUAGAUAUACUACGAAUGGCGACGAAAAUACCAUUCUGUCAAAGCUCCUCCUCAACUUGCCCUACUUUCUACUGAAAUAUGUGUUGGAAUCGUCAAGAUUGGGGAACGUACAAGGUUGGGCUACCUCGGCUCUGAGGCAAAAAACCAUGCGAGCUGUUGUAAAUGAAAGGGAAAUGCGUAGACUGAAAGUCAAGAGUAACCUCAAUGUUGCCAAUUCAGAACGCAAAAAGAACCAUGAGAGCUGGGAAGCGGUGGCAUGGAUCGAAUCCAUCGAGCCACCGGCUAGCCCCGAGGGCAGUCCUACCAUUGCUCGAAGUUUCAACGACUACCUCGAGCCAAAGACUGCAAACUGA